ACACUCGUGAACUGUUUGUAAGGAAGUCCUGGGCAUAAGUGGGCUGUUGGCUGAUGGGACGCAUGUCUGGGGCCCCUGUGGGCUGCUUGCAAGCUGUGAGGGGGUCCUGGACACACGCGGAGUGUUUGCAAGGGGGUCCUGGGCACAAAUGGGGUGUUGGCUGAUGGGACCCAGGCCCUGGGCACACGUGGGCUGUUUGGAAGGGGCGUUGGGCAUGCCUGGGCUGUUUGUGGUGGGACAGAGAGCCAUGCACACUCGUGGGUUGUUGGUGGAAGGUAAGGGGGUGUGAGGCACACGUGGCCUGUUUGCUGAGGGGAUUCCUGGAUGCACACCCGCUGUGAGCAUGCAGUGAAACUGGGGUUCCAGGGCACACACAUGCAGUGGGAUGGGGGUCCUGGACAUGCAUGCAGUGUACGUGGAGGGGCUAGGUGUGAGUGAGCGUCAUGCGUGGGGUGUGUGCACAGCGGGGCUGGGGAGUCCUUGAAGACGGACAAGCUGCGUGCACGGUGAUGUUUGGAGGUGCUGGCAGCGCAUGGGCUGUGUCACCCCAUGGGGCUGGGGCUGCUGGUUUAGGUUUGGAUCUGAGCCAUGUGUGGGCUGUCACACUGUGGAGCCGUGGGCUGCUCCGGAUCCGAGCCACGCGUGGGUUGUGUCGAACGGUGGGGCUGGGGUCUGUGAGACAGCUCUGGAUCCGAGCCACGCGUGGGUUGUGUCAAACAGUGGGGCUCGGGGCUGCGGAUCCAAAUCACACGUGGGCUGUGUCACCCGGUGGGGCUGGGGGCUGUGGAUCCAAGCCACGCGUGGGCUGUGUCACCUGGUGGGGCUGGGGGCUGUGGAUCCAAGCCAUGCGUGGGCUGUGUCACCCGGUGGGGCUGGGGGCUGUAGAUGUGAGCUACCCAUGGGCUUUGUCACCCAGUGGGGCUGGGGGCUGCAGAUCUGAGCCACACGUGGGCUGUGUCUCCUGGUGGGCUGGGGGCUGCCAGACUGAUCUGAAUCCGAUCCAUACAUGGGCUGUUGCCUGCUGGGCUGGGGGAGCCAACACCCAUUGGGGCUGUGCAUGGGGGCUGCAGCCUGGAUCCAGGCCAUGUGUGGGAUCCGUGCAGAGCAGGACUGGGGGAUCAGCCUCCUGCCAUGGCCCUGCUCCAUCCCACAGUACCUGGACCAGAGUGAGGGCGUCCCUCCGGAGGGAAAAAGCCCUUUUCUCUCACCUGGCUGCUUUGUGUAGCUCAUCCCUGCUUGCAGCCACCUCCAACCUGUAAAUCAUUUGCUUUUACAAUGCCUCCUUUAGCCCAUUAUCACACGAACUUUAUAUGUUUGGUGACCAUCAAGCUCAGCGGGUUUCCGGGGCUGGCAUGCCUGCCUUGCAGGCAGGAUGUGAGGAGGAGGAGGCUGGGGACACGCUGCCCCUGUCCCCCCAGCUGGGCAGGUAGGCAGGGAGAGGUAUAGCAGUGCAUCAGGGAUGGUUGGAGCGAUGGGGUCGGGGUAUGGACUCGUUGCAACCCCAGGAUUAGGCUGGAGCAAGGAGGGCUGGGAGUGAGUCAGGGGCACUGGGCUCUCUCUGGGGCGAGGGGACAGGAGCUGGGUGCCAGCUCUGGUCAUUCAAUCCCUCUUCCCCUCAUCCCACUGGACUGGAGGGCCCACACAUCUUCUGGCUCGCAUCCAGUUGGGUCCCAGAGAGACCUCUACCUCCCACAGCCAGCAAGUCUGGAUCCGUGCGUCACCCCUGUGCCUGGGGAUCAUGGGUCUAGGAGCCUUUGGGCUCCAGUUCAGUGCUGGGGUCCUCCCAGGACCUGUCUUGCCUGGGAUGCUGUGUCCAGUUCCUGGACUCAGAUCCUAAGUGUCCAGGUUGCAACACACUGUGUGGCCCAACUGUCAGCUCCUCUCUCUGGCUACUGUCCCUGGGGCUUUGUUCCUCCUCACCGUGUCCCCUGUGCAUCUCCCUGUGCCUAAGCGCGGCUCAUGGGUCUCCUUGGGUCUCCCGAGCUCCAGGUCUUGCAUAGAGGAAUGGAUGCUUUCCAUUGGGUCUGCCCAUUGGGGGCUCUUAAUCUCCCAGUUCCACUGCCUCCACCACAGCAGGACCCUCCGCUGCCUCGAUCUCUCUCUUUGGGUCACACCUCGGUUCAACCCCACACGAGAACCUCAUGGCAGUCUCGCUGGCUGAGCCCUAACGCCCAAGUGCUGCCAAACCCCAGCACACGGGGCAGAGGGGUUGGACACCCCGGAGCAGCUCUCCCCCGGGUGUAAAUCAGGAUUGUCACCUGAACAAUCCCACCCCACGAUGGGAUCUGGGUCAUGAGGCAUGUGGGAACCCACUGAGGCUGCUCUCUGCAUGUUCCUGGCUGCUGGCUGAGAUGGUGCACGGGGGCUUCAGGUCACCACCUUGAGCUUUAGUCAGACGAGGAGCUCAGGUCCCAGCUCACCAGUGGGUGUUUUGACUCCUUGGCCUGCUCUCAUCCUGGCAGCGUGCUUGCAAAACCUUCCCUGGGUCAUCCGCGCCCUCCUAAUUCACCUUGAUAUUUCUGUUAAACAAAUCAGUGUCCAAAUCAAUUGUGAGUGUCCUGGGAGAGUGACUCAUUCCCUGUUUGCAUCUCCCUGGAUGGGGAGAGCAUCUCACUUGAGAUCAUAUGGAGGUGGGCUCCACACACAGGAAAAACCCAAAUCUAAGCAGAUCCUUUGCCUUUUCUUUCCGUGGAGGGGGAUGGGAGGGGCCGGAUUUUGCUUGAACAGUCAAAGUAAGUUGUCUUUACUUUUCCCUGCUCUUCAAGGUCAGCCUAGCUAAUGAAAAUCAAUCUUCCUUCUGCCUCUCUCUGCUGCAUGAGCAGAUUCUACCUGUGGCCCCUCACCUAGUUGAAAGCCUCCGCUGCUGCCGCCUGCCUGGGCUGCUGACCAUGUGCAACGCUGGCGGGGAGCUUCCUAUUGAAACAGAGCCUUCCUGCGGGCCCGGGCACCGUGACAAUAUCUGUGUCACUGAGGGAUCGCUCAUUUGAUCUGCUAGAGGAGAAUGGCUUUGUCCCAGGGAAGUUGGCCGUGCAUGGAAAGCACGUAUCCGAUAUUGCAGUCCAGGCUGGAAGCGCUGGAGGAAAGCUCUUUGCUGGGGUCUGGCAUGCAACGCGUGGCUUCUGUCCUCCUGGGCAGCAACUUUUUGCAGGCAGCGUGGGUGUGAAGUUUCCCUGUCCUUUCGUCCUAAAGGACACGUCUCUGUCACAGCCCCACUCUCCUCACCUCGUGGAGGUUUCACCUGGAUGCCAACAGCAAUAUCUGGCAGCCCAAGGGUUCGGCAAUGGUGCUGGUGUCCAACCUGCCAGGGUGGGGGGAGUUGUGGAGCACAGAGGUCCUCUCCAACGCAGCCCACAGCCCUCGGAUGGUCCUGACUUUCCUUCUGGCUAAAGCAGGCACCAAUGCAGCCUCAGAAAGUGCCAUUUCCUGAAAACAGCAGCAUGGCAGCCUUGGUGCGAGGAGCAAGACGGGGCUUGCCUGCUGGGAAGGCUACAUUCCUUGCUUCACUUUAGCUUUGUGCCAAGGAAUUUUAGAUGUGCCCUGAUGCCGCAGGGUCUCCUCACUCCUGGAAAUGCAGCUCUCUUCCAGUGUGGCUGAAAUCAGUUGUGACGAGACGAUGGACCCACCUGCUGAGGACUUCCAGCAGGUCCUGUCCAUUGACCAAAUCCGCUCCAUCCGUGCCAGCAACAACUACGUGGAGAGACCGGCUGUCUGCUUCCAGCAAGCCCUUUCCAACCCCUCCCUGUCCCAGCCACCACACAAGCAAGAGUGGUCCCAGGACCGCCUGGCGUCUUCCACCUUCCAGGACCUGCACCAUAGCCACAGCCAACAGCACCAGAUGCCCCCUUUGCAGCAACACAUGAGCCAUUCCAGCACGGCCAGUUCCGUCUCCCAAAGCACCACCGCCUCGGACCAGCGCCUCCUGAGCAGCCUGACGCCCUCGCACUCCGGGCAUUCCCUCAUCCGGAUGCAGCCUCGGGCUGGCGAGCUGAAACCGGAGGAGUCACCUCUGAAGGGGGUGGUGGAGAAGCCCACCCUCCACACGGGCCACCUCUUCAUCUGCGAGGAGUGUGGGCGAUGCAAGUGCGCCCGCUGCACGGCCGCCCGCAGCUUGCCCUCCUGCUGGCUCUGCAACCAGCGCUGCCUCUGCUCCCCCGAGAGCCUCCUCGACUACGGGACUUGUCUCUGCUGCGUCAAGGGUCUCUUCUACCACUGCUCCACCGACGAUGAGGACACCUGCGCUGAUGACCCCUGCUCCUGUGGGCCGGGGUCCUGCUGUGCCCGCUGGGCUGCCAUGAGCUUCCUCUCUCUCCUCAUGCCCUGCCUCUGCUGCUACUUUCCUACUCUGGGGUGCCUCAAACUUUGCCAGCGAGGCUAUGAUGGCCUGAAACGACCUGGCUGCCGCUGCCAGAGCCACACCAAUACGGUCUGCAGAAAGAUCUCCUCCUCCAGCGGCACGCCUUUCUCCAAGACGCUGGAUAAGCCGGUAUGACCCUCCCAGGGAGAAGCGGCUCUACUCCUCUUCCUCCUCCUCUCCCUCUCCCCUCCAUCCCCCUCCUCCUUUGGCUCCCUCUGCUCUGCAGCACUCCCGCUUUCCCACCAUCACCUCCCAGGAAUGAGACGGGUGAACUGGGGGUUCCCCAGCCUUUGGGAGGACGAAGGCCCUGAGGAGCUAGCACCAAGCUGGUGGAAAGUGGUGGUUUUGCACACUCAGGAGAGGCAGAGAGAGGUGCGGGUGCCCUCCUUGGCCAUGUCCUGCAGGGAAGAGCAGCCUGAGGGGUCCUAAGGACUCUGCUCUCUGAGGGUUUUAGGAGGUGCUGCUGCCCCAUGGUGUGGUCCUUCCUGAUGUGAGGAAGAGGCAGAUCGAUGCAUCUCCUGUGCAAGAGUCCUGCAGGAGCCAGACCUCCUUGUCUCUCUCUUUAUCUCUCUCCAGCACUUUUUGUGGGUGGCCUCUCUCCUCUCACGUAGCUGUAGGUCUGCUUUCCUCAAGGGGCUGGGGUGCUGCAGGAUUCCACCAGUGGCAGUGGCUUUUCUCUGGGCUUGGAAGCCGUUGGUAGAAGCAAGUGAGCUUCAAAAUGAGGUGGCAUCGUAUUUUUCUGUCUCAAAGAGGAAGGGAAAGUGUGGGAUGCUGUAGAAACCUUCUGGCAGGGGAAGGAGCUAUUGGAGGCAGCCCAGCCCACUCGCUUCUGCCCGAUUGCAGAGAGGGAAAGGUCCCCUCUGGGAUUUGGCUGAGAACAAGAAGCUGGUUUGAAAUUGCCAUUCACUUCUCAAUGUCUUGAAGGGCUGCCUCCAGAGCACAAACCCUGGCAGGAUGGAGGGCUCCAUCCCACCACUGAGCAGAUGCCACAGGUACUGGCUCCGUGCUCGAGCCCCAAGAACCCCAAUCUGGUACCUUCCACCAGCACUGAAUUCACUUUAAAAAUAAUACCCUGAUCCCGCCUCUCAGCAGCUGCCACUCACUUGGCUCUCGCUGUCUGAGGAGAUGCUCCAGCAGGGGCUUCUGCAGCUCCUGCUUUGGGAUGGAGGGAAACUGAGAGCAGAAGUAAGUGUCAAAAGGUGGGUGCCUGACCUUCCCUCCCUGCAGAAGUUGUCUUUGAGUCCUUGCCUUGCUUUCCUUCGCCCACUGGCGUGUCACACCGCCACCAGCAUCACACUGACAGGCAAACCCUGCCGGCACUACUGAGGGUGUUCUGCGGCAGCGGCUGCCUGCGGCAAACUGGAGAUGGGGCUGAACCAAGCCCUGGGGCUGGGCCAGCUGCAGACCAGAAAGAAACCUGAAUUGAUGUCCGUGCUUCAUGGUUCACUUGCUGUGAUGAUAAUAAGCCCAAGCCAUUGCUGCCACUGGGGAAGCUCCUCAUGGUCCUGGACUCAGCCCUAUUUCCUCUUGCAAAGAGGUGGCAGGAGCUCUCAGUUGUGACCCUGCUGACAUCGCCCGAGGAGACUUUGAAGCUGGGGUGAUGCCCGAGUGCUUGGCUCUGCCUGCCUGUCCCUCCUCUGAGGUGUGUGAGUGCAGAGGGAAGCGAAUUUAGAAAUAUAUGCAAUGUGUCCUUCGGCUUCCUCCAAGACCUUGCCAUCCACAGCUCCUCCAUCGCCGUCCCUCAGUCACCUCCUUACGCAGAGUUCUGUGGAUCUAUUUUUGUAUAUAUAAAUAUAUCGUUAGGAUGGCUAGGUCUCUUACUAAUAAUAUUCAUGAUACUGCUGUGAAUGGUGCCAGAUGCAAGGUUUGGCUUCUUGGUGCACUUGCACCUGCUGGAAAAUGAUUUCCCUGGUUAUUGCUAGACCUUUAAUUCCUGGGUAGUCAGGAGAGGAGGAAAGGGAGGUUUCCAGAUUGGCUGCUUUGCAGAGUGAGGGUAGGAUUUUGUGCUGGCUGUGGGGUGAGGCAAGAGGUAGGCUUUCGCGAUGGGAUUCCUCUCUCUGUACAUUUGCUAUCUAUAAAUCGCAGCUGAUCCAAACUCCCUCUGUUGCAGAGAAAAGUGGUUGCAGGGGGUGAUUCAUCCCGCUUGAAAACAUUAUUCAUUAAAUUAUGCUCUGGCAGUGCCUGUCUCUCUUGACUCAAAUGGGACCCAAACACUGAACUCCCAGCUCCCUGUGGAAGGGGAGAUGAAUCCCAUCCCUGGUGUGAAGUUUGUGCCCAUGUGACUGAAAUCCUCACCCUGCUUUCAUCUAGACCCUGAGGUGGGAUGGCGAAAGAUGCUUUCUCUGGCCAAAGACAGACAGCCCACUUUGCUAGAGCUGCAGGGGAUUCAGAGUGAUGCUCUGGGUUAUGCUGAGGAUCUCCUGACAUUAAGAAGGGAGAGGGCCACAUCUGUGCACUUUACCCACCCUCUGAGGCCAGUCCUGGACUUGGAAAUCAUUUGGGUUUGAAGGCAAAGACCUCUUCGGAGGACGUGUGCAUACCCCUGUAAGCUCAGUCCAUGCCUCUAUGGCAGAGGUUAUAAAACAUACUGAAAACAUAUUUAUCCAUAUGCCAAUAACUGCUUCGCUUCCUACUUCUGAGUGAUGUUUGGGAGAGAGACUUCCAUCAAGAGACACCCUUCCUUUUGAAUGCUCUCUUCACUUUUGUAUUGGUGCUGAUUAACUCCUUCUUCCUGAAAAAUGUAAUGGAUUGAGACCAGCCCCGAGGAGAAGGACUUUGGGUGCUGGAGGGUGAGAAGCUCAAUGUGAGCCAGCAACAUGCGCUCGCUUCCCAAAAACCAACCAUGUCCGGGGCUGCAUCCCAAGCAGUGGGACCAGCAAGGAGGGAAGGGAUUUGCCUCUCUGCUUCGCUCUGGUGAGACCCCACCUGGAGCCCGGUGUCCCGUUCUGGAGUCCUCAGCACAGGAAGGACAUGAAGCUAUUGGAGAAAGUCCAGAGGAGGCCAUGGAGAUGAUGUGAGGGCUGGAGCACCUCCUGUACGAGGACAGGCUGAGGGAGUUAUGGUGGUUCAGCCUGGAGAAGGCUGUGGGGAGACCUUAGAGCAGCUUCCAGUGCUGAAAGGGGCUCCAGGGAAGCUGAGGAGGGGCUCUGGAUCAGGCAAGGUAUGGAUGAGAUGAGGGGAACGUUUUUCAGCUGCAAGAGGUGAGAUUGAAAUGAGAUCUUAGGGAUAAAUGUUUUGCUGUGAGGGUGGGGAGGCCCUGGCCCAGGUUGCCCAGAGCAGUGGUGGCUGCCCCAUCCCUGGAGGUGUUCAAGGCCAGGUUGGAUGGGGCUUUGAGCAACCUGAUCUGGUGGGAGGUGUCCCUGCCCAUGGCAGGGGGUGGGACUGGACGGGCUUUGAGAUCCCUUCCAACUGAAACCAUUCUAUGAUUCUAUGAGAAAAGCUCCUUUUUUCACUGUGGAUUUGAGGACCCAUCUCCGUUGAAUGAGACUGUGAAAUAGUUCAUUGAAACUUUUUAAAGAAAACUAAUGAACAGAAUUUUCCAACUUGCUCUACUUUGAUUUUUUUUCUCCUCCUUUUUAAACGGAUCCCACUUGUAAAUUUAGUUACCACCUCUGUAUCUUUGCAAUUCAUUGCUUCCUCUCCCGAUGGUGGAAUGACUCAACAUGUGAAGCUGCAUCAUUUUCACGGCCUCCAAAGUCAUGCAAGCACAGGGUGACGUCCCCCAGGUGCUGGAGAUGUAGGAUGAGGAGAUGGCUGUCCACAUGGCAGCUCCCCAGAGCCAGUUUUGUUUGGCACCAGCAUGGCAAGGCAGAGCCCUGCACUACUAUUGCAGCACUUUUACCUUCAGGAGUUGGUAGAAGGCCAGGACGCCUGCCAGUAGACUUCUACCUAAUGGGAUUUUUCUGGGUCAGUGUGGAAGCCCCAUUUCUCCCAGGGAAUUGUGCCAUAGCAGGGCUGAGGAGUCCGGCCAGGUCUCUUGAAUGCCUCAUCUCCAAGAAACCCGUGAGAUAUAGUUGAUGAAAUAUAGGACACGUAGAAGGGGAUUGGAGAGGAGGAGAGCCCUGGAUGGGCACUGAGGGUGGUCACACCAGCACAGGGCUUUGGUUUGAUGGUGUUGAGCACAAAGUGCAAAGCCACAGCUAGGCAUUGCACUUCAUAGAAUCAUAGAAUCAUCGAAUCCUAGGUUGGAAGAGAUCUUUGAGAUCAUUGAGUCCAACUGUAUGUGUCCACUACUGAAAGAAAUUGCUGAGCGCCUAAUUUACCCAUGUUUUAAACCACUCCAGGGAUGGUGACUUCACAACUGCCUUAGGCAGCCUCUUCCAAUGCUUGAAAACCCUUGCCAUGAAUAAAUUUUUCCUAAUAUCCAAUCUAAACCUCCCCUGGUGCAACUUUAGAUCAUUUCCUCUCGUCCUAACACUUGUUACUUGGGAGAAGAGCCCAGCACCCACCUCACAACAACCUCCUCUCUGGGAGCUGCAGAGAGCAAUGAGGUCUCCCCUCAGCCACCUCUUCUCCAGGUUAAACAGCCCCAGGGCCCUCAGUCGCUCCUCUUAAGAUUUGUGCUCCAACCACUUCACCAGCUGCGUCAGCUAAUGAAGUUCAGAGAUGUUGGCCCCUACCCUGCUCGUAGGAGCAUGUGGAUUCGCAUGGGAUUAUUGCUUCUCACUCCACUGGGAUUCAUGGGAGACUGAGCUCCCAUUUCUUGUUCUCACCAGAGAGGACAGGCCAGAAAGCUCUCCAAGAAGCUCUGGUUCACUGAGCUCAGCUGGUGUCGGGAAGGCUGUGGGUAGUCUCUGAUCCUGGCAUUUUCCUGAGCUUUUCUGAACAUCUUCCGACCAGAUUCUUCAUCCUCCUUCCCCAUCACUGGCUGCCAGACUGUUUGGUUUCCCUGCAGAAAGAACUCCAAUUUUUGUUGAGGUUGUGAGCCACUUUCCUGCCCCACCCUGCAGUGAGUCAGAUAACAUCUGCUCCAGAUGUUUAUUAGCAGCUGCUUGUCCUGGCAGUUUGGAUUUCUCUCUGUCCUGACGUGUCUUUUUUAGUUUUUUUUCGGAGGAGUCAACACGUUGAGUCCUCUGUAUUCCAUGCACCCCCCCUGAUUCCACAAGGAUGGAUCUGCUUUGUGAGGGAACAUUUCUCUGUGCUGAGUGUCUCUGCCAGUUGUGGGCUCCUUUGCCAGGAAACUGUAGGGCAGAUUUAGAUGGAAAGAGAGACUCAGGUGCCAAAGGAGCAGGAGGCAGGAGCUGUUGACCAGGACCUGAGCUCCCCCUGCUCUGCUCCCCAUGCAAGAACUUCCCACCCAGCCCUCCAAAGCUCUCUCUGUACAAGAGCUCCUGCUGGUGCUUGCUUUCUUCAAGGCUCUCCUUGGUGCUGCUCCCCUCCUUCCCUACUGGCAAAUGUGUGAACUGGAGCAGAGGCCUCAUAGGGGACCAAGGUGGAGUCUCCUUCCCAUCCUAGCUCCCCAACCUUCCUGGUUGGAAGAGCAGAAGUGGUCCCUGGGCUGCUGUCCACCCACCCCUGAGAAACGUCAGUACCAGCCAAGUACCUCACAGAAGAGGGAGAAGCUCUUUGGGACUCUUUGCUGACAUUCCCGUAAAAUCCCCAAGAGUUUGCUCUUCCCCAUCCCCACAUGGGAACCCAAAGACUGGUGGGCAAGCGUCAUUAACCAAAAGAUGACAAAGUGCAGAAUAACAGUUUAUGAACGGCUGCUUUAGUGCAAUAAAGAGGAAGGAGAGGAGCGGUGAGAGGGGCUCCUGUGAGGUCUGCAUGACUGGACUGCACAGGGAAGGAGCCCACCAUGCCCCAAACUUGCUGUUUCCAGCACCCACUCUCUGGUUUGAGACUGAAGAAAGCUCAGAGGUCUUCAGGUAUUGGAAGGUCUACUGUAUUGUGAUCAGCAUGUGAGGAAAGCAGAUAAGGGAUGUACGCCAACCCCAAAGACGAUCCUUGCUCUUCAGUAGGAUCCAGUUCAGGCUUGUUUCCUUCAGGGAGCCCGCAGAGCCCAGUCCUGCAGGAUGCUUUCAGCAACUGGAGGCUGCUGGUCAGCAUCUGUUCCCUGUAGGCCAAACCAGAGCUGUGAUCUCUUGGGGCUUAGUCUGCCUUGGGGUGUUUUUCAGUGAGCACUGGGAUCUCUUGCCAACUCUUUCUGCCAGAGUACAGAGUGGGAGCUUGCACAGGUGAGAUCGAUUUUCCCGCUUGGGGUGAUGGUGCAGAAGAAUCCCCGGAGUAAGGGCACAAGCUCCCCUUUCAGGAGGGCUGCAGGC